GUAUAGGCACAUUUCAAUGUCGGACUAUAGAAAAUUGAAAAUGGAACACUCAGAGAUGUCUGUGAGAAACAAUUCACCGUCAAGUGUCGGAACCUGCGUGGAUCGAAACACUCCAAUCUACUCUCACAUCCGUCCCGGUGACCAUGUCUUUCCUUGCAGGGUCCGUUGCGGGAGCCCUGGUGUCCGGAGGAGUUUACUACGGGUUCUCCAGUCUAAUGCAGUCGAAAACUACCCAACUCCGCACCGACCUCCACUUGUUGUCUGAACGUCUCGUAAUUGCGUCAAAUAUCGUGCCACCACCACCCGCAUCCACGCGGAUCGUGCAUAGGCCUUUCCUCACUCUUGUCCAGUCCCAGUGGAACCAGGAAGUUGCAUCUGUGUUUGCUACCGUAGCGAAGUGGGAACAGCACGCGUCAGAGUGGGGUCGGAAACUGCUGUACGGAGAACGCUCAUGAGCGUAAAUCUCUCCUCUGCCUUGCUCAAGUAUUGGUCGGGUGGGGUCGCCGCCGCCAGUCUAAGUGCGCGGCUAGAGUCCGAAGUUCGAUGUAUUCCAAGUAG